CAUGAUCCCUUCAGGAAAUUACCUACAGUUUGCUUUACCUUUGUGUGGUAAACAAAACAAUGCAGUAGACAUAAAUAAUGUUGGUGCCAAAUAUCUGGGAGACAAGUUCACCCCAAGUGCCACAACUAUAUAGUUUGAAGCAAAGGUGUUCCCAGUUUGAACUGAUGGCAUAAUCCUACACUUGUGUCUGAGCUACAAGAUCUAUGUUUUAGUUCUAUAGGAGGUAUUAAACUUUGUGUACUGCUCAGGGAGAAACAGCUGGUCCCAAAUCAAUUAAAGGCUUUAAAGACAAACAAGUCCUGUUUUGUUGGCAAGAAAACUAAAUAAACCAGAGUUAAUGAAAAAUUAAGCCACCUUUGGCUUCUUUGUUGAUUCUCUUAGGCGGUCUAUUGUAUUGAUCAUUAAAUGGAAAUUUAAAGUACACCUUGAUCACUUGCCAGCUUUGGAUCAAAUGAAAUCUUCAUGCAGCGUCACAAACAUAUUUAAAAUGUGUGUGGUUGUGUGUACAGAGUGAAGGCUCUCUGCAAUAAGGCUUUACCAUUGUUCUUUGUAACUUGGUGACCAAAGUUUGUGGUCCACCUUAAAGCCCCAAAUUGUACGGAGGAGUGUAACCUCUAAGACAUUACAAGAAAAGCCCACACGCCGACAACUGGUAAGCUGUUCUUGAAAAAAGACUUUGAUGCUCUUGUUACAUUGCUGUUUAACAUCGUUUUGGAAUUUGAUUCCAAGAAUCUUAUUUCUAAAGGUAUCAUCAAUAGAUUUGCCAUGCAACCUGGGUGCAAGGACCUUCAUCAACCAAGACUUCAGCCUUCUAUUUCGAAUGCACACUUAUUUCCUGUUGGUGUCGGAAAGCAGGGGAUGGAGAAAGCCAAGCCCUGGAGGAGAAAGGCAAUGCACGAUAGAAGUCCAGACUCGGACCAAGAGGCCAAGGCCAGGCAUCAGGCUCAGCUCGAAAAGCGCCAUCUAGAGGCCUACAGGAACAUGCACCGCCUCAGAGAUGCUCUCUGUCGCCGCUAUGCUGCCCUGCUCACAGACAAGGUCCACUCCCAGAGAUUACUGCUGCAGCAGAGAGAGGAGGCAGCCAGAACCAAGUCAGAGAGUGAGCCUCGGAAGAAACAAAAGAAGUUGUCCUUCUCCAAACUGCUGCACAAUGACUCAUACCUGAAGCCCCUCCCUAAAACCAACUAUUGCCUGAGGCAGUUAGCUGAGCGUGGACAUUUGAGAACCCACCACGACUUGGAGGACUUUUAUAGGGGUAUCACAUAUAACCGUCACCCCGCACAGCUGUAUAAAAGUCUGGAAGAUGUCAAGAAAAGGAUGUUGGAAAGCAGACCUGCAGCUGGUUUUAUGACUGACAAGAAAUCAGAAAAACAUCCCUGCACCGCUGAAGAUAAAGGACAUGAAGGGCACUCCAGGAGGAGAAUACCUACACUGAUAUUGGAGCAUGAGUCUGGUUCAGAAGAUGGUCCAGCAGAGCUGAUCUUUGGAGGCAGCCAGGAGAAGGAGGAAACUGAGCAAAUGUUUCCCAAGAUGAAAGCCCCAACAUUUGCAACCCUACAGCCUAACUUUAUUAGGAACUUCCAGAGCAAGAUGCCUGAUUUGAUUAUCCCUGGGAUUCCUGAGAAGAGCAAGAAAGCUGAAAUUUACUUGAGACGGCUGAGACGCAUGCAUGAUCUUUGUUUGACCAACAUGGCUUUCUCCCAAAGACUGCUGGACAGGGAGACAGACUCUCUGAGCUGGCAGGAGGAGCGAGGCAACCAAGAUUUGGUGCUUCCAAGUAUUGACUCCAAACAAGGGAAGACGAGCCAAACCAACCAGGCGCCUCUCUGCUCUCCAAAACAGCAAAGCAGUUUCCCGAAAGACCGGCCUUCAUGUUCCUGGCCUCUGAGCAGAAUGACCUCAGAUAGACACCGAAGUCUUGAGACUUUGGUUUGGGACAGAGCAACGUGCUGCCGUAAAACACCUGAUCCCUUAUCCAUUGAAGACGUGUGUCAACAAAAGCAUGUAGAGAUAAUUGACUGUGGAUUUAAGCUACGGAGGAACUAUUAAGUAAAAACAAAUCACUGAAGAUAAAACCAACACAGCCUCUCUGUAGGGAAAAUGUACAGAUAUGAUUGUGUCAGUUCAUAUGGAAAAACAAGAUUACUAUAUAAUUAAAUGUUUUGAAUAUAUAUAUUGUUGAUUUUUCUUCUAUAAAGAAGGUAGUGUACCUAUUCAUUGGGUGUCCUGAAAUAUAAAAGUUGUGUUAUAAUGUAAUGAACCUAUUUAAAUUGUUAUAACAAUUGGUGUUCAAAUUAUAAAGUUUUACUGCAGGCGAUUUGUUCUCUUAAGAGAAACGUUUUUAAAAACAAUUAUUAAAGAUGUAAAUUUCAUUUUUUUUUCCCUCACAAUUUAGAAUACAAAAAUAACUUUGACUUGUUCAUACUUCAUUCAUAGUUGUCACUCACUUACACAGGACUGAAAAAGUUCCAGGUUUAGCAACAUAUUAUAUAUUUAAAGUGAUCUGGGUUCUGAUCCUUUAGGGACAAAGAGCAGCUCAGCACACAGUGGUUGGGCUUUCUGCAGGUGUGGCUUUGAUCUAAGUGUCAAUGUUUACAGGUUGAUGUAAUAAAGAAGGUUAAACUGCUUUAUUCAAAAUCCCGUAGUCCUCAAUGAUAUGGCCCUCUCAGCCAAUCCCUGGUAAGCCCGCAAAGAUCAAAGAGGAGAGGAGCCAACCAUGUCCGCUCUAAACACCCAUUCUGAGCCUGUCUUCACACUAUAUAUGUGGGAGCUGUCCAUGAAGUCCAGCGACCUGAGAUAACUGCGUGUGGAGACUCAGGAACAGGAGAGAGAUUUCGUUUUUUUCAAAUAAGACCUGUGAUUACAUACAU